UUCGUCAUGUUGACUGUAUCCUUGGUUGUCUUGAACUUAACUGACUGAUUCCUCCUUCUUACUCUUUUGCAACAUAAGCAUAUCAUAGAAGGACUAAAGUGUUAAGCUCCAAGUUCAAGUUCAAGUUCCAAGGUCGAGGGUCGAGGUUCCGUGGUUCGGCUAUCCCAAAGUAAAUAUAUUCAUCUAAAUGAUCGACUUCUUGAAUCUUCCCACGAAGCAUUCAUAACAUACCUAUCACAUUCAACCAUGUCCUCCUCAGACCCUCAACUCCCCCACCCCAACGAACGCAUCACCUUGAUCGGUCUCGGCGCCAUUGGCAUAUCCUUUCUGGCUUUACACCUCCGCUACACCUCGGCCCAAAUCACCGUGUACGACCCCCGGCCGGAUCUCGAAGACCACAUCACAUCAAUCCUACCGUUAUAUCUCUCCGGGCACAAUCUCACCGUCGCUGAAGCACGAAAAUCCGGCCGACUACACAUCAGCAAUAGUCUCGAAUCAGCUGUUUCACGCGCUACCAUCGUUCAAGAACAAGGUCCUGAACGGGUCGAGUUCAAGCAGAAUCUAUGGCGACAGGUUCUUAACCAUGCGGAUACCAAGUGUCGGUUGUGGAGUAGUACCAGUGGGAUUGAGGCGAGUAGACAGUUGGCUGGGUUAGAGAGAGAUGGUGAGGGAGACGGUGAUGGUGAUGGUGAUGGUGAUGGGUCGACGACAUGGGCUGAUAAAGUCUCCUCCGCCCGUUCCCGUCUCUUGAUCGUCCACCCAUUCAAUCCACCACAUAUCAUGCCAUUACUGGAACUGGUUCCCUCGCCAUGGACAGAUGAGGCAGAAGUGUCGUUUGCACAGACGUAUUUCUCCGCUUUGGCCAGUGGACAUCGACCGAUCGUGGUACACAAAGAAAUCAAGGGGUUUGUUGCAAAUCGAUUGAGUUUCAUCCUUUUGCGCGAGGCAUGUCAUCUGGUCGAUCAGGGUGUGGUCUCGGUUCAGGAAUGUGACGAAAUCAUUCGUGCGAGUUUGGGACCGCGCUGGGCUGUCAAGGGGAUCUUUGAAAUGUAUGGGUUUGGUGGUGGAAAUGCAGGGAUUAAAGGCUUUUUCAACAAUAUCGGACACAGUAUUGCUGAUGUGUGGGAAGAUGAUCCGAGACAUGUUCAGAUGAAUAUUGAGGGGAGGAGUGCUUCGUCCACUGCAGAGGCUACGACUGGGGGUCAGGGUCAGCCGAGUACUUGGUUGGAAAAAGUCAUUGCUCAGUCGGAUGAGGCGUUUGGGUUGCCAACUCCCCAGGCUAUUACUGCGAGAGAUAGAGGGCUGAAUAUGGUUGUCAAAGCACAGGCCGAGAUGCAGAGGUUGGAUCGUCAAGAGAAGGAGAGCUGAGCUGAGUCGAGCUUCAUCUAAAGUUGUGGCAGACAAAAGUCCAAUCGAUCAACCCAUGCCAUUCUCACCAUCUCAUCAUCUUCUAAUAUAGUCAUUCAUGACCAUCUCA